GAAGCGAUGCCGUUUUUGGACCGAAACCAGCUAUGUUGAGCUAUGAUUACACCGCUGUCAACUAAACUCCUCAACAUAAGCAUAGCCGCGAUGUGCAAAGUAAGGCAAAUAACAAAAGCCGAAGGAGUAAUAGUCGAUGGCAUACGACUCGGCGUUUUCCCCGACCUCGUCACCUACAACACCCUAAUCAACGCGUAUAGUCGUUUCGUCAGCAUCGAUGCAGCUUACUCAGUUAUCGCCCGAAUGAAAGAAGCGGGUAUUCCCCCCGACGUCGUUUCGUACAACUCGUUAAUCUCCGGUGCGGCAAGAAAAACCUUGCUAUCGAAAUCUCUAGAACUUUUCGAAGAAAUGCUCGCGAGAGGCAUAAACCCCGACGUGUGGAGUUACAACAUCCUAAUGCAUUGUUUGUUCAAGCUCGGAAAACCCGACGAGGCGAAUCGCGUUUUCAGGGACAUUGUGCUUAGCCACGAGGUUUAUCCCUGUGCUGCCACGUAUAACGUCAUGAUUAACGGCUUGUGCAAGAACGGUUACGUUAGCAAUGCUCUAAUGCUGUUUAGGAACUUGCAGAGGCACGGGUUUGUGCCUCAGAUUUUGACCUACAACGCGCUUAUUAAUGGUCUUUGCAAGGCGAAGCGAUUGGCCGAUGCGAGGAGGGUUCUGAAGGAGUUUGGGGAAUCAGGGUUUGAGCCCAACGCCAUUACUUACACUACGGUUAUGAAGUGCUGCUUCCGGUGCCGGCAGUUCGAGCAAGGGUUGGAGCUUUUGGCGGAGAUGAGGAGCAGCGGGUACACAUUUGAUGGAUUCGCAUAUUGCACGGUGAUUGCAGCGCUUAUCAAGACUGGACGGAUGCGAGAGGCUGAGGAAAUUGUUGAGUUGAUGGUGAGUAAUGGCAUUAGGCCGGACAUCGUGUCGUAUAACACGUUGAUUAAUCUUUAUUGUAGGCAGGGGAGGUUGGAUGAUGCAUUGAGGUUGUUGGAUGGGAUUGAGGAGGAGGGUUUAGAGUGUGAUCAGUACACGCACACCAUUAUUGUUGAUGGUUUGUGUAAGGCUGGGAAUUUUGUAGGGGCACAGCAGCAUUUGAAUUAUAUGAACUCCUUGGGCUUCGGAUAUAAUUUGGUUGCGCUUAACUGUAUGAUUGAUGGUUUGGGUAAGGCCGGUCAUAUUGAUCAUGCCGUGAGAUUGUUUGAAGGGAUGGAAGUAAAGGACUCGUUUACGUAUACUAUUUUGGUGCACAACCUUUGCAGGGCUAGAAGGUUCCUUUGUGCAUCGAAGAUUUUGAUUUCCUGUUUGCAACGUGGUUAUCAGGUGUUGAGGGCUACUCAGCGAGCUGUUAUCGUUGGUCUCCGUACAACUGGAUUUGCAGAUGAAGCCAGGAGAGUUAAGUUGAAGAUCAGACAUGUACGAUUGUUACAGUGAUUACGUGGCAUCAGCUGUUGGGAACUUCAGAUAUGGAGCAUUUGUUAGUGGCAACUUUUGUGACUCAAUGAAAGAUUGAAGCUCUGAUCAUAUAGGUCUCAUGGUUUGAUGAUCCCAAUAACUGUCUUUCGAAGGGAAACUAUUAUCGAUAUGCUGUGAGACAUUUGAUAAUUUACUGUUUAAGGGGGUUAACUGCUACAUCAUUUGGUGAUUAUUCCUUGGUGUUCUGGAUAAAUGCUUCAUAUAGUAAUUGCUGAG